AUGGGCUUUCUCAGGUGGUCGCUUCGUUGCAUUCCUGGCCUGUCAGUCUUUGGCCUCCUGAUCCUGCUCGAGUCCGCCCUGAAGAUUGUCGAGACCGAGUGGCUCAGCUUCUUCUACCCUCCCUUCCUCAGACAUAUCGCAAGUCCUGUCGUCGCCCAGACUAUCUUCAUCUCCUACUCGGUCUUCCUGCAUAUCCUUGCCCUGAUGUUUCCUCUACGACUAUGCGCCUCCGCAUACGCUGCAACCCGUGAGAUCCAAGCCCUUCAUCGACGGUCGAAACUCGCUCACGGCGACGCUCUUCAAUGCGACAAUUUUCGAGACGAACCACGGGGACUUGAACUCCAGCAAGAGACGGCGAAGCGGUCAAGGACCGUGACCAUGGCAGUGGUCUUGCCCAGCUACAAGGAAGAUAUUGAGAUACUCGAGACCUCGCUGAGAGUGCUCGCCAGCCACACACUGGCCAAAUCAUCGUACGAUAUCUUCUUGGCCAUGGAGGAGCGAGAUCCAAACGGGGUCAACGUGGCUCAGAACUUGAUCCAGCUGUUCUCCGGAAAGUUUCGAGACAUGCAAUACACUGUCCAUCCUGCCGGUCUGCCUGGAGAAGCCCCCGGAAAGAGCAGCAAUGUGAGUUGGGCAGCACGGCAGAUAGAGCAAAAAUACCUGAACGACCUUGACUGGUCAAGCGUGCUCGUGACGGUGAUGGACAGUGACACUCACCUCCUCAGUCAAUAUUUUGAGACCGUCCUCGUCCACCACCUCGGCAACCGCAAAGACCAGGGAUUGACCGAUAUGACCUUGUACAUGCCGCCCAUUAUCUUUGAUCGCAAUGCGCAUUCGGUACCACAGAUGGUGCGUAUCGCGGACCUGAUGUGGUGCGGAGCCGGGCUCUCUUGUUUCACGAGCAAACCCACCAGAUCGACCGUUGCAAUCCCGACCGCAGUCUACACUCUCCCACUUCCUCUUGUUUGUCUGGCUGGUGGUUGGGACACUGGAUCCGAAGCCAUCGGCGAAGACAUGCACAUGAUGUUGAAGUGCUACUUUGCCACGAACGGGCGCAUGCAGAUAAGACCAAUUCCGAGUCCGGCAAGCCAGUGCAAUGUGACGACUGGAAAUGCUGGUAUCCGCGGCUGGCUGGCAAACCAUUCCGCCCGAUACGCGCAAGGUCUUCGACACAUGUGGGGAUGUCUCGACACUGGAUAUGCCGUUCGCCAAUGGUGCAAGAUUCGGCCAGAAUCUCUUCCUCUGAAUCCGUCUACUCCGUCAAGCGAAGGGAGCGCUUCCGAUUCCGACCGACCAAAUCGACCUCGUCACGUUGAAAUCUGCCUGAAACUCAGCCAACACGCCCUUCACGGCCCCAAUCUUCGAAGAUUUACCUGGCGAAAUCUGAUCUUGUUCAGUCGACUUUUUGAAGCGCACUUCUUGCCGAUUCACCUGUUCCUUGUUCUGCUGGCAUCGGCCAUCUACACGGCGCUCCCAUAUCCGAUCACCUCCUGUCGACUUUUGACCGCUGCAAUGGAUCUUACCUCAGUCCUGCGGGGCGUCAGCUUCGCGUUGAUGACGAUAUACUUCGUUAUUUUCUACGAAGGUUACCAUCGGGCUUGCAUUGAAGCGCGGGAAAGGGAGAUGAAGAGAGUCGGCCUGUAUGAGGAACUGGCUGACGAGUUUUCUUACCGCAAAAGAUUCUCUCUCGUCACCAUGAUCGACUACGUGCUCUUCCCGAUUGCGGGCACAAUGUUUGGAAGUGUACCUCUGCUCCAGGCCAUAGUUUCUCAUUUCUGGACAGAGAAGCUUGUUUACCUGGUGAGCGCAAAGCCAGUCAAGACGAUUACCAAGAAUCUCGUCGGCGUGGUGGUCACUGAGCAAGCGGCAGAGGUCUUAGAUGUCUGA